UCCACCGACAUGCCUGGGCGUCUCUGGACACCCCCCCGAGAGGCACCUGGGCCAGCUGCGAUGCCCCCUUGCCGCUCCACCUCUGAAGCCUCCCCUCUGCUCAUCAAGGGGCGCAUGGCCAGCUGGUAAGACAUGGACUUAGCCGGAGGUCUCUUGGCUUUCUUCCUCGUGCUGGUGCUGGUGAUUUCCCUGCUGUCCAACCUCCUGGUGCUGCUAUGCUUCCUCUACAGUACCGAGCUCCGCAGGCAAGUCCCCGGGAUCUUCCUGGUGAACUUGUCCUUCUGCAACCUGCUCCUGACCGUCUUAAACAUGCCCUUCACUUUGCUGGGGAUCCUGAGACACCAGCCGCCUUUCGGUGACUGCCUCUGCAAAGCGGUGGGCUUCCUGGAAACUUUCCUCACCUCCAACACCAUGCUGAGCAUGGCAGCCCUCAGCAUCGACAAGUGGAUUGCCGUGGUGUUCCCCUUGAGUUACACCAGCAAGAUGCGCUACAAAGACGCCGUGAUUCUGAUGAGCUAUUCCUGGAUCCAUUCCCUCGCCUUCCCCUUGGUCUCCUUGUUUUUCUCUUGGGUAGACUACAGCAACGUGUACGCCUCUUGCACCUUGCACCUGAGAGAAGAGACGGAAAGAAGGAGGUUUACAGUGUUCACCAUCGUGUUUCACACCACCAGUUUCAUGCUGUCCCUGGUGAUCCUGUGUUUCACCUAUUUAAAGGUGCUAAAAGUGGCCCGGUUCCAUUGCAAAAGGAUAGACAUUAUUACAAUGCAGACGCUGGUUUUGCUGGUAGAUAUCCAUCCCAGCGUGAAACAGCGUUGUCUUAAUGAACAGAAAAGGAGACGGCAGCGUGCUACUAAGAAAAUCAGUAUUUUUAUAGGGUCUUUCGUGAUCUGCUUUGCUCCUUACAUUAUCACCAGGUUGAUAGAACUUCUUCCUUUUGUUACCAUAAACUACUACUGGGGGAUUGUAAGCAAGUGCCUCACCUACAGUAAGGCUGCAUCGGAUCCAUUUGUUUAUUCUCUUUUACGUCAACAGUACAAGAAAGUAAUGAUCAACAUUGUCAAUAGAAUACUUAAAAGGGACCUGUAUCCUUCAUCUGGCUACAACAGCUCUCUAGACACUGAAAAUGAUUACUGCUUACAUAGAACAUGCUAACACCAUGGCAGUCACUAGCCUUCAAGCUAGGUCAGGCUUUUACCACCACAAGGAUAUUACUUGAUCUAUCACAUGUUGACUGGACAAUGGCAAAGCACACUUUUGGAUAUGAAAGUUGGAUUCCUGCAAUGCAUUGGAUUGUGGGCUUUCAAUGUAGGCUCUUCCACUGUCUGCAUUUAGUACAGAAUUUAGCAGCAUAGUCUCUGUCAGGGAUGGGCAGAGGUUCCACUGCUUCUUAGUCCUCUGCACUGACUGCUUCUUGGUAAGUGGAGUAAGUUCAGCGUUUGGAGUUUAACUUUUGAAGCCUAUAACAUUCCAGAUGUCACGUCCUGGUAUUUUACUGAAGAUCUAGCAUCAUACUCUCUUAAUACAAAGAUUAUGGGACCAUUGGAGCCUAGGGCACGAACAGAUAGUUGGAGCACCAUUUGUACAAUAUACUUGCAUCUGCAAUCCUGGCUUUGUCUUAGUUUUAGAACAUUUUAAAUGAGUAUUUUAAUUGAUGGCUUGCUGUAAUGAUGCCUACAAUAGCUAUUAAGAAUGGGCACUUUGAAAAUGAGAUGAUUAUUUAUUAUAAAGCAACAUGAUUGUAACAUAGACUUUUAAAAGUGAUAUGUAUAUUCAGUAUGCCAUUAUUUUAUUAAGCAUAACCAAAGGUCGUGUAUCUGAUUUACUAAUAUUUAGCACUUUUGUGAUAUCACAUAAUUACAAUAAUCACAGUGACAGCAACAAAGACAUAAUCAGAAUUUAGUUAACGAGCAUUGUAAUUUAUGUCACUGAGCCAGUUCCAUGCAACACACCUUUCAUUAGGAGGAAAUCAGGUCAAUUAGACUGGAAAAGUGAAACUAUAUUUCAGAUUUCAGAUUUUGGUUUUUAUUUUUUUAUUCAAGAGCUAUGUGAUAACAUAUUCCAGGAUAAAAUGCAGUAAUUCUUUCUGAAGAAAAUAUAAUGGGGAAAAAAUCUUUUAUGCAUCAGGUAACGGAUAACAACAAUAUGGUAUGAACUUUGUCCUAUGAUUUACAUGAGAAUAUUGUUGGCUACUGGAGCAGAUAUGCUGCCAACCUCCCAUAUAAAACAUAUCAAGGAGAGAGGCAACUGUAUUAUAAACAUGAUAUUAAUUAUUUUUUAUUACAUAUUAUUACAUACUAUUAUUAUUAAUUUUGAAAGUCUUUUGGAAAAUGCUGGAACUAAUUAUGAACACAAGUCCACCAAUCAUAUGUUACCAUGAAUAUGAAUGAGCAAUGUUCUGUGGAGUUUAAUAAACUAACGGAAGUAAUUUUAAAAUGUAUUUUUAAGAAGAAAACAUAUAAGACAAAGUAUAGAGUUUGUUUUUAUUUUUUAAAUGAUAGUAGCCUUAAAAUUAGAGCUCUAACAUUGGCCUUGAUCCUGCAAAAAGCUGAAAAUUCCAAUCUUGAUUCUGCAGAGCACUUAAUCAUGUGAUUUACUUUAAACAUGUAACUAAGUCUUAUUGAAAUCAAUGGGACUAAGCACAAGUUUAAACUUAAACAUAUGUUAAGCACUUUGCAGAAUCAGGUCAGAUUUUCAGCUUGCAUGACUGAGCCUAUUAUCUACCACCUAUGAUGGUUUAAAGGCCCUAUUGAAAUCUCAUUCAGUCAAUGAAAAGGCUCAUAAUGCAUAGUAAAUACAAAGUCAUAUUCUCCUCUGCUUUCAAACUCUGAGGUCUUUCUAAUGCUCUAUGGCCAUGCAAGUAAAUUAGGCCUCCGUAUUCUGCAUCUAUAGCUCGCUGGUAUUAAAGCUGAAUGUGAUAUCAUAUUAUUGUCUACUUAGUAAAGUAGUUGUACUCUCUCUAACUUUGUGUAAAUACAGUAUUUCAGAAUAAGUAUUUGUAUGACAUUUUCAGGGUUUUUUUUUCUUCCUACUCCUCUCUUCCCUCCCCUCCACUAGUCUAAUGAAACCUAGUGUUUAAAUCUUUUAUAGCAACUGUAUCAGUGGUGUAAUAAUUAGACAUCUCUUCUGGAGGAGGAAUGGUGAAUGUUAAUUUGUUUUAGAGUCAAGCAUUUACGUGCCAAAAAGUUUUGAUGUGCUCUGACAUCUGUCACUACAACAUAUCUGUAAACCUCUGUGUGUUUAAUGAGAGCUGCAAUGGUUAUCUGGGCUAUAGUUUUUUAAAUAAAAUGCUGCUCCCUUUGAAUAUUACAUUUCAUACUUAGCUGAAUGUAU